UAAAGAGAUGGUGCAGCGUGUGUGCGCCUGCGGUCCUGUUGUUUUCAGCAAUUAGAGAAAGCAAAGAUGGGCGGCUUGCUCUCCCUCUAAUAAUGAUGAUGUUCUCUCAGUUACACUUCCUGGUGGGUCUCUGAAAGAACUUCUGGUUUUGAGCUUCUGAUCUGCUGAAUCCUUUUCUUUUUCGUCACUUGUGGGAAUCAGUUUUUGGGUUUUCAGAUUCAGUGCAGGUGUCAACUGGGUUCUUUCUGCACAUCAAAAAUCUGGCUGGAGAGCUUAAUAUCAAGGUAUUUAACACUGAUUGUCAGCUUGUGAAAAAUAAAGGUUUUGAUUUCUCUGUAGGAGGAAGAUUGGAAUUCCAAGUGCGAAAGAGUAGUUUUAUUUAUCUGCCAAGGUUGUGUUUGCUUCAAGAAAUCUGGUGAUCAGAAUCUCAACCUUAGGGAGGUGACAUGUGUCGAGACAUACUGUGAUUCCUCUGCAACACUUUUUGUCUGAUCAUGGACAAAUAGAAUCCCAAAUACAAGGAAGUGGAUUUCUUUUAGAUUUUCUGGUAAGUUCAGUGGAAUUUUGCGGGUGAUCAUGGAGAAACAGAGUAGCUUUAGGGGUGCCACAAUGGAGAAACAACAGGAUUUUCGCGGGGUAGAUGAAAAGCAGGGUCAUGCUCGUGGGGCAAUGGAGAAACAACUGAGUUUCAAAGGUGUUAUGGAGAAACAGAAGAGUUUUAAAGGGGCUAUGGAGAAACAGAAGAGUUUUAAAGGGGUUAUGGAGAAACAGAAGAGUUUUAAAGGACUUAUGGAGAAGCAGAAGAGCUUUCGCAUAGUGAUGGAAAAACAGCUGAGUUUCAUAAGUGGUGAUAGGAGGAAGAGCAAGGAUUCGCCGGGAAAAAGAGGAGACUUGCCCCUUCAUUUGGCGGCUCGGGCAGGGAAUUUAAGUCGAGUGAGAGAGGUUCUUCAGAGUUGUGAUGGUGAUGAGGCAAAGAAUUUGUUGGCAAGGCAGAACCAGGAGGGGGAGACUCCCCUUUAUGCUGCGGCGGAUAGCGGGCAUGCUUUGGUUGUUGGGGAGAUGUUGAAACAUUUGGACCUGCAAACUGCAUCUAUCACUGCCAGGAACGGGUAUGAUCCCUUCCAUAUUACCGCAAAGCAGGGUCAUCUUGAGGUGUUGAAGGAGCUUUUGAACGUAUUCCCCAACUUGGCCAUGACCACAGAUCUCUCCAAUUCAACUGCCUUACACACAGCUGCUACUCAGGGCCACAUUGACAUAGUCAACCUUCUUUUGGAAACAGACUCCAACCUUGUCAAGAUAGCCAAGAACAAUGGCAAGACUGUCCUUCAUUCUGCUGCGAGGAUGGGGCACUUGGAGGUUGUGAAGUCCCUACUAAACAAAGACGUAAGCACUGGUUUUAGAACUGAUAAAAAAGGCCAAACUGCAUUGCACAUGGCUGUGAAAGGGCAAAAUGAGGAGAUUGUGCUGGAACUGAUAAAACCUGACCCAUCGGUUUUGAGUUUGGAGGAUAAUAAGGGAAACACAGCGUUGCAUAUUGCCAUAAAAAAGGGCCGUAUUCAGAAUGUACGUUGUCUGAUAUUAGUUGAGGGUAUUAGCAUCAAUGCUAUGAACAAGGAUGGAGAGACCCCACUUGACAUUGCAGAAAAAUGUGGAUCUCCAGAACUCGUCUCCAUUUUAAGGGAAGCAGGGGCCACCAAAUCUAAAGAUGGAAAACCUCCAAGUGCAGUGAAGCAACUUAAGCAGACUGUCAGUGACAUAAAACACGAUGUCGAAUCACAACUGAAACAGACCCGUCAAACUGGUUUCAGGGUCCAGAAAAUUGCAAAGAAGCUAAAAAAGCUUCACAUUAGUGGUCUCAACAAUGCUAUAAACUCUGCAACUGUUGUUGCAGUUCUCAUUGCUACUGUUGCUUUUGCUGCCAUCUUUACUGUACCUGGCCAGUAUGUUGAGGAAAAAAGAAAGGGGACUUCGCUUGGACAGGCCAAUAUAGCAGACAAUCCGGCUUUCAUAAUCUUCGUUGUGUUUGAUAGCCUGGCAUUAUUCAUUUCCUUGGCUGUGGUGGUAGUCCAAACAUCUGUGGUUGUCAUAGAACAAAAGGCGAAGAGGCAGCUUGUGUUUGUGAUUAACAAGCUUAUGUGGCUGGCUUGUCUCUUCAUUUCAGCUGCCUUCAUUUCUCUGGCGUAUGUGGUGGUGGGCUCACACGCCCAAUGGCUUGCUGUGUGUGCUACAGUAAUAGGUACUACAAUCAUGCUUACUACCAUUGGCUCCAUGUGCUAUUGCGUCGUUUUACAUAGAAUGGAGGAGAAGAAAAUGAGGAACAUAAGGAAAGCUGAGAGCCGAUCUCGUUCUUUCUCUGUUUCUAUGGCAUCAGAACCUGAGAUUUUGAACAGUGGAUAUAAGAGGAUGUAUGCACUCUGAUGUCAUUGGAAUAAGGCUUAGUUGGAAGGAUUGGAUAGCCUAAUAUACCUCAAUAUAACUAUCUGCCCUGCCUGCUCGAGUAAUCAAUAUAUGAUUGUACGAGCUCAAGCUGAGGUUUCGGUGAGUACAAGAAGAAAUGAAAAGAGUACUAGUCAUCAGCAAUCAGGUGGAGAUGGUAUGAGGUUGUUCAGAUUUUCAUCUCGUGCUUGCUUUGCACCUACACACAAAAACUUCAAUGAAAAGGGUACCACAAUUUCCUUCUCCUGCUGGUCCUCUAUGGUAUUGACAUUGCCAUGAUUUAGAAGUAAUCAAAUUGUAACCUAGAUAUCAGUAUAGAAUUUGUUAGAUGCUCAAGAGCAGGCUGGGGGUGCCAACAUUUAAUGUCUAUUCAACUACUAGCUUUGGAGUUCAUAGGUACUCCUUUUAUGUGCAAAUGCUGUAGUGGCUUAUGAUAUCUAUUCUAUAAUCAGCUUACAAUUGUUUUUUUUCCA